AUGCAAGUCAGACAUGGCUUAAAACAACAGUUACAACAGCUUAAGCAUGUCUGUGUGGAUUUUAGACCAUUUUUUGAAUAUGUGAAAGACACAUGGUUGACGCUUCACAGGCAUAGAUUUUGUGAAGCUCGGAUCGAUAAAGUGUUGCAUUUAGGUAACACCGUGACUAAUAGGGCUGCUUUGAGACACAUUCCUGAAGAGUGGUUGAGGGUUGACAUGGUGGGUACAAACACCCAAAUGUGCAGGUGUAAUCAUAGAAAAGUAUACAAAUUACCUUGUGCUUGUGAGCAAGGGAGAUACACGUUGAGUGGUGAACCAAUACCAAUUGAUGAUAUUCAUAUCCAUUGGAGGAAGCUCAGCAUGGAAGGUGAACAAGAGGUAGAUACAGAGGAUGGAGAAGAGUUGGACAUGACCAAUUCAAUUGAUGCACUGUGUAAAAGGUUCAGGUUAUUAGAUGUUGCAAGAAAGAGAGCACUAAAAAUAAGGGUGUGUGAAAUUUUUUACCCCACUACAACAAACAUGUGUCCACCGCCUGAAAAAAUAAAAACCAAAAAAAGAGUGAAGAGAAAAGGGAAGAAAUAUGUGGGAUAUGAUGUUUAUCGUGAUCCUUCAUAUCAUGAGUAUGUUUAUCAAGCACAGCAGUUCUCAAAAAUCUUCAAAGAGGUCAUGUUCACAGUUAUCCUAAACUCCAAAGAAGAAACCAUCUAA